UUCUUUGAUCUAAAAAGUUAGAACAAAAAGAAGAGAGAGAAACGAAAACAGAAACUCUGAACAUCAAAUACUCUCUCUUCUCACCAGAAAACACAAACAAAAAAUAUGGCUUCUCAAAAUCAUCUUCUUUUGGGUUUUCUGGUGAUAGCCACCACCGUGUUAGUACUCGCAACAACUAGUGCUAAUGCAACCGCAGAUCUUAACGAAUUGUGUAAUGACUCUACAUAUCCAACACUCUGCAAAUCAAUUCUGAAGGUUGGAAAGGGUGUUACAGGACAAUCAGAUUUACAAGCAGUUCGCUCAGCAAUUCAAGCAACAUUGGUUCAAGCAAAACACGCAGUGGUAACCCUUAACAAGACGAUUGCUACAACUACAGAUCCUGCUAAAAAAACUAACUUGGAAACUUGCAGCGAACUAUAUGAUACAGCCAUUGACGAUCUAGCAACUUCAUUGUCAAACCUAAAGGACAAAGUAAAGAGUGACCUGAUGAUAAAUUUGUCAGCAAUGAUGACCGAUUUCAAUACUUGUACAGAUACCUUCCAUGAGUUCAAUAUGGAAUCUCCAAUUGGUAAUAUCAAUCAACUUUUGUACCAGCUUUCCACUGAUAGCUUGGAUUUGGCACAUGGUCUGAAUUUUUAAAGGUUAGUUUAAGUUUCAGAUGUUGGCAACUAGAAGGAAUUAGAGGGUGUUCUCUUUGCCCAAAGAAAAUACCGCGUUUAAGAAUAUUGGUGUUACAUGUAUUUGAUAAAAUCGAGAAUUUUUUGAAUCUUGUAUUUGAAUCUUUUUAGAAACCCAUUUAUUUCAUAUAUCUUCAACAGACAAAUGCAACAAACACAAAUGCACGUUGUUGAAUGGGCAUAUAUCCCUGGUCACAACUGAACAGUGUCAUUAAGCGGAUUAAAAAGAUAUGAUGGAGGUUUUCUCCAAAACUCAA